AGGUAAUGUUUGACUUCUCGAAUAAUUUUCAGGCCACAGACACGAACAUGCAAAUUUAAUUCUGGGGAGAUAACUUUUCGCAGACUAAGCUCGAGACGAGACCUUUUUUAUGAGACCUAUUUUAGAAAGUUUAUGCUUCCAAGUCGUUUGUUUUCCCUGAGAAUUAGAGGACUGGGUUCUAGAUACCUGUGCUCAUCCAACAUGGCGAAUUUGAAGGGUAGCGCUCUGCUUAUUUUGGCCGAAGGUGCAGAAGAAAUGGAAGCUGUCAUUACUGCGGAUGUUCUUCGACGCGGAAAAACCACCAGGCCUCUCAAGUUUGUACCCUUUGUCAGACCAUUAGGACAGUGUAGUUGUCAAGAAUUUGUUGAAUUUGCCCUUAUGUUCAGCACAGAUACAAGAACCAUACAUGUUAAAACAGUAAUUGGAGGUCUGACUGGUGCAGAUUCAGUUGUUUGCAGUCGCUCUGUGGUUGUUAAACCAGACAUGAGUCUGGAGGAUGCAGUUAAACAGGGUCCAUUUGAUGCUGUAAUUCUGCCUGGAGGACUAGGAGGAUCUAACAAUCUGGCGAAGUCUUCUAAAGUUAAAGAAAUCCUUCAAGAUCAGGAACAAAGUGGAAGAAUUAUUGGAGCCAUAUGUGCAGCUCCAACAGUUCUUCAUGCCCAUGGAAUUGGAAAAGGGAAGACUGUAACAUCACAUCCAUCUGUGAAAGAUAAAUUGGACGGUUAUAGCUACUCUGAAGACCGGGUGGUCAGAGAUGGAAACUUGGUAACUAGUAGAGGACCAGGAACAGCCUUUGAGUUCGGCAUUGAACUUGUCCGUGCAGUGCGAGGUGAUGAUGGUGUAGCUGAAAAACUGGCAGGCCCCAUGCUGAUUAAGUAGUGUAACUACUGAGUCCCCUGGAAGAAAUAAUUGUGUUUUGCGUAAGGCUUGAUUUCAAUGUUGUGGAUUAAUUAAUUUCGAAAUUUAUAAGUUAUCAAGUAUUCCCUCUUUACUGUAACUCUUGGAAAUAUCACAACAAUGACAGGGGUUGCCGGCGGCUUAUUGCUGCUUAUGAGACCUAUUACCGCCGUAAUGUUAACCUACGAGCAAUUUUGUGACUUUCAUGCCGGGGUAACUAAAACAUCUAACUGCUGAUUAAUGAUUAUCAAAUAGGUAGAUCACGAACCGUGGGAGAAACAAUAAAGAGAUGUGACUGAA